CAGAAGAGCAACGUCAUGUUUAGGUUUGUAAGCAAAGUUAUUAUCUGUGGACAAUUUUCCAUUACUUCUCAACAUUUUCCAUUCACUGCAAUCUCUCUUUCCUCGCAGAAACCCACCUCUUUCUUCCUUCUCUCCCUAAUCUUAAAUUUCCUCUAAAAUAUAUAUCAAUACAUCCUUAGCCACCAAAUACACACCCAAUACCAUGAACAAGACCCUCGUCACAGAGCUUCUUCUCGGUCUCGACUAUGCCACUCAGCUCAAGUUCUUGCUUCAGAAACCUGUUGACCCAGAUGCCUCUGUUGCAGCUAAGGAACUAGUUACCAAUGUGCACAGAUCUUUCGCUCAAACUCUCUCUAUCUUGACUUCUUCCCACCCUGCCAGGGUUCAAGACCAGGUUGCUCAGAAUCUCCUGAUUUCUGGGGAAGAUGCCUCGCAGGCUGCAAGCAUUGAUCACAGGUCUCACGAUUCAACUGAGAGUAGAAAGAGAUCGUUUCCCCUCUCAAAGGAUCGCAGAGGUUCCUACAAAAGAAGGAAGACUGAACAGACAUGGACCAUAGUUUCCCACACUACUGAUGAUAAUCAUGCGUGGAGAAAGUACGGACAGAAGGAUAUUCUAAAUUCUCAGUUUCCCAGGAGUUACUUCAGAUGUACUAGGAAGUUUGAACAAGGUUGCAAAGCCACCAAACAAGUGCAACGGUUAGAAGAGAAUCCUGAUAUGUACAAUAUUACGUACAUUGGGUUUCACACAUGCAAAGACAUCCUCAAGGCUCCACAAAUGGUCACAUGUUCUGAAACUUGGGACUCCUUUCUUGAGAAUUCCCAUGAAGACUUCAAUGUUCCAAAUGAACAAAAGCAACACGAUCCUCCUAUGAGAUCACAAAGCCCAAUUGUUAAACAAGAAUGUCUCAAUGAUGAGACUGAUCCCAGUGAUCUUACAGAUGCCAACCUGUGGUCUGAAUUGAAGGAUUUUGAACUGUCCAAUGAAAAGCCUGCCUUGAAAAUAUCAUCUGAAAAUGCAGAGCAUUCAUGUACUUGCUCUCGGAGUUUGGACAUGAAUUUUGAUGCGUUUUCUCAUCAUUAGCUUCCCCUUUGGGGAAAGCCAAUUGUUUUAGUUACCUUGUGGAAUCUUAACCAUGAAUUGAUCAGAUUGAAUAUUUUAGAUUUUGUA